UUAGUUGCAUACACAACGUAGGAGUCGUACGACUACCAACUCAGUAAUGCGAAAAUCCCUAUACUAAUUGUCAACAAAUGUCAAACUUCACUGUCACUUUUAUGUAUUUUUCAUUGUUGUGACACAUUUCUGCGUGCAUUCCGCCCCCUCAAAUGUCGAACCCUUACAAAUCCACCAACCCGUUCGAAGAGGACGACGUCGAUGAUGAAAUUUUCCUACGCAACUCUCGUCGUUCUCAGGGCCCCCAGAGCUCCUUCGACGACCAACUGCAGUCGUUUCAGGAGCGCAAACGGGCUAUCGAGGACCGUACUAUCAACAGCACUGAGAAAAGUUUGAGUAUUUUGCGAGAUUCAGAGCAAAUUGGAAUCGCAACAGCUGAAGAAUUGGUGCGACAAAGGGAGAAAUUGGAGAAAACUGAUAAGCAAUUGGAUGAAAUCAACGCUACGUUGAGGUUCUCCCAGAAGCAUAUUAACGGAAUCAAAUCGGUUUUCAGCAGUUUGAAGAACUAUAUGGCGGGGAAGAACGAUGCGAGUCCGAGCCCCCCGUCGAAAACUACAAAGGAUUCGGACGAUUUGCAUAAGGAAUUUGAGGAGAAAUUGUCGACCUAUGACCGUUUCGAGAACCAUCCUUCUACUAGAAUCAAAAAUCUAGAUUACAAUUCAGCGCCGUCGCAGACUUCAGGGAGCAAGGAUUUUAGUGCGAAACUCGAUGCGAAUUUACAAGAAAUGUGUUCAAAUAUUUCACGUUUGAAGAAUUUAGCCACGGAUUUGUCGUACGAAAUUGACUCCCAGAAUGAUUUGAUUAGCACAAUUACUGAUAAGGCAGAGACGGCUGAUAUGACCAUAACAAAACAAAACAAGGAUAUGAUAAGAAUUUUGAAAAAGUCGUAGUGUUUUCCAGGUUUUAUUAAAUGCACGAAAUCAAAACUUUUUGGAGUUUUUCUGUCUUGUAAUUAGUUAAUUUAAGCUCAAUUGUUUCUUUGUUCAGAGUCUUUCUGUUGUAAUACUCUCUAUUCUUUUAGUUAAUUAAGAUUUAGUUAUAUUUGUAUAUUUGGAAAUAGGCAGUGACGUGUGAAGGGAUCUUAUUGAUUGUUGUAUUAUGUAAAUUAUACUUGUAUUAUAUAAAAAAAAUUCUUUAAAAAGAGUCUGGCCCCAAAUUGUGAUUAAAUCGUUACAGUUUUCUGUUUACCCACACGAAGUCUGACGAUUGUCAAAAUUUUGCAUUAAAUUUUUCGAAAAUUUUAA